AUGGAUCUACUGCUAAUCCGCCCGGGAUCUGGUAGCAUGCUAGCGCUGAGCUUGCUGCUCGCUUGCACUGGGUUGGUGUUGGGACAGAACGAUACGGAGCCCAUCGUCUUGGAAGGGAAAUGCCUGGUGGUGUGUGACUCCAACCCAUCCUCGGACGGGGCCGUCACCUCUUCUCUGGGAAUCUCGGUGCGGUCGGGUAGUGCCAAGGUGGCGUUCUCGGCCGUGCGCAGCACCAACCACGAACCCUCCGAAAUGAGCAACAGAACCAUGACCAUCUACUUUGAUCAUGUGUUAGUUAAUAUUGGGAACCAUUUCGAUAUGAGAAGCAGCACUUUCGUGGCGCCGAGGAAAGGGAUUUACAGUUUCAGUUUUCACGUGGUGAAGGUGUACAACCGACAGACAAUUCAGGUAAGCCUGAUGCAGAAUGGCUGGGCUGUGAUUUCUGCUUUUGCCGGGGAUCAGGAUGUGACACGAGAGGCUGCCAGCAAUGGAGUGCUCUUGAAUAUGGAAAGAGAGGACAAAGUCUACUUAAAACUUGAAAGAGGCAACCUAAUGGGAGGGUGGAAGUACUCGACGUUUUCUGGCUUUUUAGUAUUCCCUCUAUAAAGGAUCAGCAACGUUCGUCAAACCCCCUUACAGAAGGGCAAAUCGCCAUGUACAUUCUCAAUAUUGCAACGGAACAACACGAUUCUUAAACCAAAAUCACCUAACUGCUGCAUAGGGGCUGAGCGAUUUCCUACCGAUUAGAAUAAUUUAUUUGAAUACUGACAAUUGCCUUGACCAACGUGGUAACAAGUAGGUCUGAUGGACUGCACUUUAGGAUAUCAAGUGAAUUUAUUGACAAGGCCAAUUUCUGGCUGGGAGAUAGAAGCUGGAUUUUCUUCCGGGCGGAUUAUUGAUGGGACGAGUCGAACCUUCGUUAAUAAGAGCGCACUGGCAAAACUGAUGAUCCAAACAGCGUAAUAAUAUAAAACAAAACAGAAGUUAGGAUUUUGAUUUAAAUGUUCUAGCAAUGCUUUCUUUCGUGUUCGUAUAUAGCCUUAAGUAAAGAACAAGUCCAAAUUCAGUGGCGUGUUUUCUUUUGAGAUUUGGGGAA